AUGCAAGACACAGAAAGUAAAAAAGUAAAAAUGAAAUUUAAAUUGAAUUAUGUUGAUAAAAAGAAUGCUAUCAAUUUAAGUGCCAUGAAAAAUGAUCUAAAUUCAAGGAUCAAUGACCUAAAGGGUAGUACCAGUAGCCCUAGCAUGAACAGUACCAAUACGCAGAAUAACAACAGCAGUGGUGGCCUGGCUAAAAGAAGCGCAUUGGAAAAAAAACCUGGAAAAAAUGUAACAAAAAAUAUCAAAAUAAACCUUGCAGGUUCGGGUAGUAUUAACAAAAGCGGCAAUACCAUAAAUCAAAUAAAGAAUGGGAACGCAAAUGGUUCCAUUAAAAAUGACAAUAGUAGUGGUAGUAACGUUAGUAAUCAAAAGAAUAUUAACAGAAAUGUAAACAGCACAAAUAAGGUAAAUAUCACCAGUAAGGUGAAGAGCCCGAACAGCGCUAAUAGUGAAAGCCUAUUCUACAGCUGUAACACAAACCUUAAUGACAACAUGAACUUCAAUGACAGUUUAAACAUCCGCGACGGUUUAAGUGUUAAUGACAACUUAAACCUCCAUGAUAGCUUAAGCCUUAGUGAUAGCAUUAACCUUAACGAUAGUCUAAAUAUUAACAACGGAACAAACAAUCAGGAGUGUCUAAACAGAAGUGGGAAUGUGAACGAUUAUGCGAAUAAUAACAACAACGGUGUUUUAAACGCGCAAAUCGGAGGACGUGCAAAUGCCCCAAUAGGCGGAGGGACAAACUCCCAAAUUGGAGAUGUGAAAAACGCCCAAAUUGGAGAUGUGAAAAACGCCCAAAUUAGAGGUGUGAAAAACGGCCCAAUUGGAGGAGGUGCAAAUACGCAAAACAAUAGCCCCAACAUUUUCCUCCAUAAGAAUAAACACAUCCUCAAAAGUAAUUUUAAAAUAUAUUAUAAAAAUGAAUUAAUACCAUUUUCUUUUUUAUAUCACAAAAUAUUAACGAUAUUAAAAUCACAUUAUAAUAAUCAUAUAACUAACAAUCCAGUGGUGGCAAAUAAAGGUAUAUCUUUUUUUCACAUUGAGAAUAUGUUAAUAAAUUUUGGUUUUAAAGGUGUUGAUAUAAACAAUCAUGCUUUAUUAAGCUAUUUAGCCUCUUCAAAACAAAUAAAAAUUGACUUAAAUGAAAAAAGAAUAUGUUAUAUGAAUCCAUAUGUUGAUAUAACAAAUAUAACAUCCUUAUUAAACAAAAUAAACAAACAUGGAUUUCUCUAUGGCUAUGAAAUCAAUGAUGAUUUAAUUAACACAAAUAAAGACAUAUAUAAAUGGAUUAAUACUCUACUAUAUGAAAAAAAAAUUCGUUGUAUACGUUCAAAUAAUAGCCAUUUACGGGGAAAAUUAAAAUGUAAAUAUUUGCCAUCCUUUUGUGACAUCUAUGCAAAAAAUAAAUGUGACAACUGCUUUUACAAUUUAAAAGGAUAUAUUUUCUUCCCGUUGUCUUAUGAACACAUAGAACAACAACGUUACUUAAUCACUAAUGACAUCAAAAACUUAUGGGAUGAAAUUACCUUACCUAAUCUUGAUAAUAUUUUAAAAGAAUAUAAAUUAAAAUCAACAAACAAAGUUUUUGUUAAUGAUAAUGUCCCCAAGAGAAAAAAUAGAGAGGACAAAUUUGCACCUGUUGUAAAAAAAAUGAAAAGAAUUUAUAACACACACUUAUUCACAGCAGAUGAAAUUAAAAAUGAAUUCAUACAUAAAAAAUGA